UUAAGUGAAGAAUUAGAGGCAAGACGUUUGAUAUGGAUUAAAGAUUGUCUUCCUUGGAGUAAAAUCAGCAAUGAACCAUGGAAAUUAAAAGCAGACAGCAGUAAGAAACCACCAAGAAGACCUCACUCUGCUAAGAAGUUACCUCCCCUUGAUGAUCAAAUUAUAUUGGCUUCUGCUCAGUGUAAAUCAUUAAAACAGGUAACAACAGUAGAGUUACAUGAUUUACCAGGAUGUAGUAUAAAUACAUUAAGUCAAUGUUGGGGUUUACAAUAUCUAACUAUGACUAAAUGUAACUUGAUAACAGUAGAUGGUAUAUCACAAUGUAAACAAUUACAAUAUCUUAAUGUACAGGAUAAUAUGAUAGAAUAUGUUGAUAUUAAAGAAUUAGGAAAGUUACAAGUUGUAAAUCUAUCCCAUAAUAAGAUAUCAACUAUUCAUGGUUUAGAUGGCUGUAUGAAUAUCAGAUAUUUAGAUUUAUCUCAUAAUAACAUCAACAGAAUA